AUGUAUAAUUCGCGCAAUUCAUAUGGUUCAUCAUCCUCGAUGAACAGCACCCCUCAGCCAUCGUCAUAUCAGAACAAUAACAACUACAGAGAUCGACAAUCUCGAGGUAAUCGAGACACAAGAACAUCCGAAAGACACCAAGGAUACAAUCCUCAACAAGUCGAUCAACAACUCGCCUCACAAGAUAAAAAACAAGGAUAUAGAAGAAUUGCCGACCAUGGUAACAAUAUGGGCCGAUGGUAUAUUCAUAAAUCUUUGGGAUUGACUAAUAAACGACAACAACGAAUCGGGGUAAUACGACCAGAAUCUAGUUUUUUAAUCGAUUUAAUGCCCUCGUUGGCAUAUUCAUCUUCUAUGAAUUUAGAUAGGAGGAAUAAUGGGAAUAAUUUGGCCGUGAUGGAUAUACAAACGAAAUUUGUCCAUUUAUCGCUGAAUAAAUUAAAACAUAGUAUUAAUGCUGUGAAAUGGACACCGGAGGGGAGAAGAUUGUUGGUUGCUUCACAUAGUGGAGAAUUUACACUUUGGAAUGGGAUGACUUUUAAUUUUGAAACGAUUAUGCAAGCUCAUGAUUCUCCAAUAUUGGCAUUGAAAUAUUCAUAUAAUGAUGAAUGGUUAUUAAGUGGAGAUCAAAGUGGACAAAUCAAAUAUUGGCAAUCCAAUUUUAAUAAUGUUAAUAAUAUAUCAGGACAUUCAAGUGGGAUUCGAGAUAUUGCAUUUUCACCAAAUGAUUCCAAAUUCUUAACUGGUGCUGAUGAUUCAACUUUAAAAAUUUGGAAUUUUAAUAAUGGGAAAGAAGAAAGAACUUUAACUGGUCAUCAUUGGGAAGUUAAAUCAGCAGAUUGGCAUCCUGAUUUAGGUUUAAUAGUAAGUGGAUCCAAAGAUAAUUUAGUGAAAUUAUGGGAUCCUCGUGUUUCAUCUUGUAUAACAACUUUACAUGGUUUUAAACAUACUGUAAAUAAAACUAGAUUUCAACCAGCAGGUACUAAAAGAUUAUUAGCUUCUGUUUCUCGUGAUAGAUCAUGUAGGAUAUUUGAUUUAAGAACAAUGAAGGAUAUCUUAAUCCUAAGAGAUCAUGAAACUGAUUUAUCUUGUGUUGCAUGGCAUCCAAUGCAUGCAUCAAUGAUAACCACUGCCGCAUAUAAUGGAUCAAUGAAUACAUAUUUAUUAGAUUCUUAUAUUCCAGAUUCAAAUUCUUCCAUACCCAAAAGAAAUACUAGUGGAUUUAAUACUGCAAGCCUGGUGGAUUCUGUACAUAAGAUUCCCUAUGCUCAUGAGAAAGCAAUCCAUGCUUUGGAAUAUCAUCCAAUGGGUCAUUUAUUAUGUUCGGCAGGUUCUGAUAAGACUGCGAGAUUUUGGUCUCGUGCUAGACCCAAUGAUCCAAUGGCAUGGAAGGAUGCAUUGUAUACUGAUGAAAAACAUGGUGCAUGGUAUUAUGCUGUGAAUAAUAAUGUCAAUGCUGUGAUAGAAGAUCCAACUGUUGUCGCCGCUGCUGCUGCGACUGCGGCUUCUACUGAGACAGGCACUACUACGACGGAUGCUACUAGUGGUGAUGGAACAAGUGUUACUAAUGCAGAAACAGCAGAAAAAUCAACCGGUAUGAGAAUUCCUGGAUUAAGUAGUAUACCUGGAUUGAAUAGUUUAGAAGAUAGUCUGAUAACUACAAAUGGAAAUACAAUUCCAGGUUUAGGAGGACACUAG